AUGUCCGGCAUCCUCGGUUAUCUCUACAAGUUCUUCGUCGGCUACUUCGCCCUGACAGUUGCUCUCUACAUGCUAUCUAUCGUCGUUCCCAAGGCCGCCUUCGGUGCGCGUGUCCUUGCCGCCUAUGUCUGUCUCAUUGCCGCCGCCCUGUACGGCGCCCUCGCCGCCAUACUCUUGCGCCUCAUCGGCAAUCCCGGCAGCUCCCAGUGGGCUACGGCCCGCUUCUUCAAAUGGAUCAUGCUCGUGGCCACCGGUGUCAUCUUCGAGAUCGAGGACCCGAAGAAUAUUCUGGAGACGACACGGCCCGCCGUCUUCAUCGGCAACCACCAGACCGAGCUCGACGUGCUGAUGCUCGGCGCCCUCUUCCCCAAGAACUGCAGCGUCACCGCCAAGUCUUCCCUCAAGAAGACGCCGUUCCUCGGCUGGUUCAUGAGCCUGAGCGGCUCCGUCUUCAUCGACCGCAAGAACUCGAAGGAUGCCCGCGAGGCCAUGGCCGGCGCCGCCAAAGAUAUGCAGGCGCGCAAGCAGAGCGUGUACAUGUUUCCCGAGGGCACGCGCAGCUACGCCAAGGACCCGACGUUGCUGCCCUUCAAGAAGGGCGCAUUCCAUCUCGCCGUCCAGGCCGGCGUCCCCAUUGUGCCCUGCGUCGUUGCCAACUAUAGCCACAUUCUCUGGGUCAAGGGUCUCGUCUUCAACGGCGGGAAAAUACCCGUUAAAGUCCUCGACCCCAUUCCCACCACAGGCCUCACGUCGGCCGAUGUCGACGAGCUGACGAGGUCAACACAGGAGCUCUUCAUGAGGGAGCUCGUCAGCCUGACCGAGAGGGCCCAGGGUCGCAAGAUUGCCAUGCCCGCCGUGAUUGACACGACGAAGACGCUCAAGGCAACCGGCGUCAACACCACCUCCUAG